GUCAGGAAGUCACUGUCAGGGGAGAAUUGGGAAUUCUGGACUUGCGAAUAAGUUCACCGAUGCUGUCGAAAGUUUAGUAAGGACAGAAAAAAAAGACAAGGGCGGGCCUCCAGAGUUUGCCUCAAAGACGUGAUAAUUGUUCCUUGUUCGAUUUCUCAAUUAUUGAGUCCAUCGAGUCGCUACUAUAUUUCACGUCCGGCUGUCGCGAGGAGGUGUUGCAACAAUGAUCUGAUCAAGUCCAAGUCUUCUGCUCGUCCUAUUGAUCUCGUUCUCCCCUUCGUACAGCAUCCAGAUGGAUCCCCAAGAGCUCGCGGUGACCGCGGCGCGCUCGGAGUCGCAUGUCGCUGGCGCCGGCCUGCCGGAUGUCAACUUGGGCCCCAAGAUUCUGAUAUCGACCUCGAUCGUGACGUGGGCUGCCUUCUUUGUCGUGGCAGUUCGCAUGUAUGUCCGUGUGUUUGUGAUCCGCAAUGUGGGCUUGGAUGACUGGACAAUGGUCUUGACGAUGGCCUUGUCCCUCAGUGGAUGGGCCAUCACUAUCCCCGAAGUCCUGAACGGCGCUGGCCGACAUACCAUAUACGUGGAGAAGACGGCGAGCAAAGCCAUGCACUUGAACUUUGCAACGGAACUCAUCUACCUGUGGGCGAUUGCAGCCGUCAAGAUCUCCAUCGGAUUCUUUCUGUUGCGCUUCGCUCCUCGCCGGGGAUAUAGGGUCUUCAUCUCAGUAGUCAUGGUCGCCAUGACAGUGUACACGCUCAUCUGUAACUUUACCAUCCUGUUCCAAUGCAAGAAGAUGGAGACUCUCUGGAACCCCAAUGUUCCCUCCAAGUGUUUCAGUCCAACGCAGCUCUUGGCCCUGGCAUAUACCAACGCAGGACUGAAUAUUCUCACUGAUCUGAUCUUCGCCAUUCUUCCUGGGAUCAUGCUUCGGCAUCUCCAAGUCAACAAACGCACCAAGGCGUCUCUGGCCUGUAUUCUCGGCCUGGGAGUAUUUGCUUGCGCUGCUGCGUUUGUCAAGCUCUCCAUCCUGCCCAACUAUGGCAAGACGGGCGAUUUUCUCUGGGACUACAGCGACCUGACAAUCUGGGUAGUAACGGAAUGCAACGUAGGCAUCAUUGCCGGCAGUCUCCCCACCCUCAAGCCGCUGUUCAAGCAAGUGCUCAACACCUAUGCCUCCCGUUCCAAGUCGAAGCCCUACUAUGGCACCGGCGGCGAGUCCUACCAGCUGCGCAAACACUCGCGCUCUGGCAGCAAGCCGCUCUCCAGUGUAGACUUGGAGACCUCUGAAACAUCCCAUCGUACUCGGCAGCAGUACGAGGCGACCAGCUAUGCUCGACCGGGCGGGAAAACCUCGAGCGAGGAGAGUAUCCUGCCAGCCCAUGGGGCCAGGGGCAUCAUUAUGACAAGGGAGAUUCAAGUGUUGACCGAGACGGGGAGUGGAGAGCGUGCCGAUGCCACAUGGGGUAGAGCUAUUUAGGCCAUACUUGAACAAUUUCUGUAUAACUAGUAUUCAUAUGUGGUGAUUAUCAAUGGAACUACGGUCAGCCAGUG